UCUCUCUUUCUUCAUCGAAGCUCCUUGAUUUGGAAACAUCUCAUUCCCCUGAAUCCAUUCAUCAGUUUCUUCUUCUUCAUCUUCAUCGUUUUCCCAUUUCCAAAUCGCCCUGAAAAUGAAUGAUCUGAUGACGAAAUCGUUCACAAGUUACGUCGACUUGAAGAAGGAAGCCAUGAGAGAUUUGGAAGCAGGGGACCCCAAUCUAGAAAUGUCGGCGACCAACAACAACAAGAACAGUAAUUUCAUGACCAUAUUUCUAGAAGAAGCUGAAACCAUCAAACAAGAAAUGAACUCAAUCAAAGAAAUCCUCGAUCGUCUUCAUCAAUUGAACGAAGAUAGCAAAUCCCUCCACAAGCCAGAAGCCCUAAAGCUGAUUCGCCACCGUAUCAAUGCUGAUGUAGUCUCUGUUCAGAAAAAGGCACAGAAAAUCAGAUCCAAUUUGGAAGACAUGGACCGUGCCAACGCCGCCAGCAGGAGGCUCUCCGGCUGCAAGGAAGGAACUCCUAUAGAUCGAACCCGGUUCGCUGUCACCAAUGGGCUUAGGAAGAAACUCAAGGAACUGAUGAUGGAUUUUCAAGGUCUGAGACAGAGGAUGAUGUCGGAGUAUAAGGAUACUAUUGGUCGAAGAUAUUUCACAGUUACCGGCGAACACCCAGAUGAUGAAGUGAUUGAGAAGAUCAUAUCAAAUGGAAACGGCACCGGUGGUGAAGAAUUCCUUCAAACCGCCAUUAAGGAACAUGGAAGGGGGAAGGUUCUGGAAACUGUAGUGGAGAUCAGAGACAGGCACGAUGCAGCGAAGGAGAUAGAGAAGAGUUUGCUGGAGCUGCACCAAGUGUUCUUGGACAUGGCUGUUAUGGUGGAAGUUCAGGGAGAGAAAUUUGAUGACAUAGAGCAUUACGUUACAAACGCGGCACAGUACGUCGGCGACGCCACUAAAGAACUGAACACGGCCAAGAAACACCAGAAGAGCAGCCGUAAGUGGAUGUUCAUCGGGAUCAUACUCCUUCUCAUUAUCAUCCUCGCCAUCAUCGUCCCCAUAGCCACUAGUUUUACCCAUUCUUGAUUUUUGUUUUUUCUUUUACCUGUAAUUGAAUCAGAUUCAGAACAUGAUUGAUGAUCAUGUCCCAUGCUUGGGACUUACUGUUGUUGUUGAUGAUGUUUGCUGAAUCAAGUUGUGUUUACUUGCA